AUUUAAGGGUUAAAGGAGGCCAUCUGACGGGUUAAUUCUCAUAUCUGCCACAUGGUGGGCCCCUGCCUGUCCCGGUCUUUGUCUCGGUAGUCUAACAGCAGAUCCGUCAGUCUGCUGGCCCACACGGACCCACUCACACGCACCGAGUCUCCACGCAGCUCUGCAGAUCCUGCAACCACAUCGGCAUCAUGGGAAAAGGCUGUUUGACCGCCACCAAGUACUUCCUGUUUCUCUUCAACCUCAUCUUCUUUCUGUGUGGGGCUCUCAUCUUGGGUUUUGGACUCUGGCUCCUCUUGGACAAUCAGAGCUUCAUCGUCGUCCUCAAUAACUCCAUGGCUGUAAAGGUGGCUUGUUACAUCCUGAUCGGAGUCGGAGCGUUCUCCAUGCUCAUGGGCUUCCUGGGCUGUUUGGGGGCCAUUUAUGAGAUCCGCUGUCUGCUCGGCCUGUACUUCACCUGUCUCCUCCUCAUCCUCAUCGCUCAGAUCGCAGCCGGCGCGCUCAUCUACUUCCAGAAGGAUGUGGUGCACGAGGAGAUGUCAAAGAUCAUCACUAAGGUUCUGGAUAAUUAUCCUGGGAACAACUCGACCACAGAACAGGCCUGGGACUUUAUCCAGAGGAAUAUGGAGUGCUGCGGUUGGAGCGGCCGGACAGACUGGGACGGUAACAUGGUGAUAGUGAACAGCUCUCAGCUUUUGUUUCCGUGUUCCUGUCAGAAUAUCUCUCUGUCUCCUGGAAACUUCUCUGACAGCGGUUUCUGUGAGGCUCAGACGCCCGACUGGCCUGUCUAUGACACGGGCUGUGCUGAGAGCGUGGAGAGCUGGCUGCUCACAAACAUCGGGGUCGUCCUCGGGAUCUGCCUCGGAGUCGCUCUUAUUGAGCUGCUGGGGAUGAUCCUGUCUCUGUGUCUGUGCAGAAACAUCCACACAGAGGACUACACCAAAGUGCCAAAGUACUGAAGCUUCCAGGAGACACUUUGACCAUGAAAAACAAGAGGGAAAUAGUUGAAAUAAUGUUUUUUACCCAUCCUGUAUUUAGUGAAGCUUUUUGUCCAAAUGUAAAAUAAUGUUUGCUUUGAAUUUUAUUAGAUUUUCUCUUUCUGAGGUACUUCUUCCAUCACCCUUUAGGGGUUAUUUACUCCUCACAUGAAAUGCCUGAUUUGGAUAUUCAGAUACCAGGGGCCUCUACUUUUGUCCGCAUCUAUAAAUCUUCACCCUGGGUGAAGGUGAACAACAGGAGUGUUUUUUAAAUAUUGUUAAUGUGUAGGAAAGGCCAAAACACGGAUAAAACCCAUCUGGAGACACAAAUACCCAUCUGAGCGUGGACUAGGCCUCAGCCUUACCCUGGUUUAUCUAGGCCCUUAGAAUCUGGUGGUCAGAAUGAAUAAGGGUGAAUUAGCCAUGAGCUAAGAGGCUAGCAGUGCCUCUUUAACAGCUUUUCUCCCUCAUGUUGUUACAAACUUUCUUUUAUGGGAUAGACUAUAUGUUUAUAAACUGUUAAGCUAAUAAAUCAUGUGGGGUACUUGGGCCUAGACUAACCUGCAUGCAAAAGGCAAGGAUGGAAUGUCUUAUAAGCUAAAAAGGAUGACAUCAUCUUUUUAGAGACUAUUGUAGGCUUUAGAGGAUGGCAUCAUGAAAGGCAGAGGAUGGAAUUUUGGUGAAGCUGGGGAUGUUGGGGCCUUUUUUGGCAACUUAUGGAGAGUUUUCCACAAGUUGCCAACAAAGGACAGUCAGCAUGAGGGAAAGAUAGUUGGUAUUUAUGUUCUAAUGUGCCGGAGAGUCUGCUGAGGAUCACAUCUGUUGACAGGGCGGUCUUGAUUGCGUGCUGCUACGUGUUGCAUCUUCAUAGCCAAUCCAGUCCAGAUGAGGACAUCCCAGACCACCUCCGUACGCCGCUUGAGCCUUUAGAUAUCAAACCGUUUUCAGAACACUCUGAGGUCUGAGGUCGUCACUUGGUAUCUGAACGCCUGAAUGUUAAUGUGAUAUGUAAACGCCCCCUGAUCGUCAGCCCAGUUUCUUUGGAGCACUUUAGAGCUGAAAAUGUUUAGAAGAGGAAGAUGUUUGAGAAGUGAUAGAGAGGAAAUGUUAAAGACCACUGGAUUCCUCUGAGCCUCAUCGCUUCAUUGUUUGAAGUUUCCCUUAAAAAUCUGACCUGGAAUCGUCUUUAAUGACAGAAACUGAGCUGAAAACUGGAAAAACUCCUCCAGAAUAAUGUUUUUUAUUUUUAUACACCAGCGUUUGAGUUGUUGUGAAAUGUUUUUAGUACUUUGUAAAUAAUUUUAGUCAUUCUUUGUGUGAAUUUAAACCGAAGCGUACUGCCAGUGUUUCCUCGAGCAGCUGGUCUCUCCUUUUUAAACGUCUUUUUCACAUUUUUUUCAUGUCGUCUUCACUUGAACAUGUCCGGAUUGUGUUCUGGAAAUAAUGGAAAUAAUAAUAAUGAGGUACUAAAGAGGAACAUUUUGAUGGUACUGUUCCACUCUUUGGUUUAUAAGAUUUAGUUUUUUACCCACUUUAACAUGAACGGUGCAGUGCUUGAGGAGUGCAUUCUUUAUUUUAACCACUUAAUGAGAAGAAAAGUGAAUAUUCUGGAGCAGGAAUAAUAUUUUUCUUUGGGGGGGAUCAAUCUGGAAAUGUGUUUAUAGACAAAAAGAUGAAAUUGAUUUUAACUUCGAUUGAGGAUGUUGUUUUUAUAAUGUACAAAUCCACCGUCCUGUUGUUGCUCUUCUGUACAGUCUGUAUGAAACUCUCUGUUAACCUUUAAAAUAUAACUUUACGUAUUCUUCCUUUAUAACUAGAUGAAUAUCUGUUAAACAGCUGGAUACGUCCAUGUGUACUCACAACUUUCCAUUUCUUUUAUUUGACAAUAAAUUCAUUACACUCC